AGAAGUGGAGUUGCCCCAGUUGAGCUCACUACCUGAAGUAGCCUGAGAGGAGAGAAUAAAAAAGCUUGGAUUGAGUGUAGCGUGCGCCCAUCUUAUUUUCUAGUGCCUUGUUUCCUCUUGCCUGAUUAAAACCUCUCCCAGGCAACUAGGUGGAGUGCAUCUCCCUCAGAAGAACACUAGAAAGGAAGAUCACUGUUUCAAUUUGGAGCGGCGGCCCCCACGUUAUAAAUCUUCGUGGUUGUCCAAGGCUUGAAUUCAAGCAUCAAUUUGGGGCUCGACAGUCAAAGCUAUGCAAGGCCCAACUUCGCGAGUGGUGAGUGCACCCAGCCCUCAGCCGGAUGGGGCGAUCAACUCACGCGAUAAAAAUCUGGACGAGCCAACCAAGUACCAAAUCGAAGUGGGCGAGAAGAAAGGAUGGCGAAAGGCGCUAGCGUUCCUCGGCCCCGGAUUCUUGGUGUGCAUCGCCUACAUCGAUCCCGGAAACUUCGAGAGCGAUCUACAGUCGGGGGCAGAGUACAAAUACGAACUGCUCUGGAUCAUCCUGGUGGCAUCCGUGUCCGCGCUUAUCAUUCAAUCGCUGGCGGCAAACCUGGGAGUUGUCACAGGCAAACAUUUGGCGGAACACUGCAGAACAGAGUACCCCAAGGCCGUAAAUUAUGUGUUAUGGCUGCUCGCGGAGGUUUCCGUGAUCGCUGCCGACAUUCCCGAAGUCAUUGGCACUGCAUUCGCGCUCAACAUUCUUGUGAAAAUCCCCAUCUGGAUUGGAGUGAUUCUCACCGGAUUCAGCACCCUGAUGCUGCUGGCCCUCCAGACUUACGGGGUGAGGAAGCUGGAAUUCGUGAUCACGGGCCUGGUGAUGACAAUGACGGUGUGCUUUUUCGCGGAGCUCGGCUACGCAAAGCCGGAUUCCAAGGAGCUGCUCAAGGGAAUGUUUGUGCCGCAGCUGCGAGGCAACGGCGCCACCGCGCUGGCGAUUUCUCUGCUGGGAGCGAUGAUCAUGCCCCACAAUCUCUACUUGCACUCGGCCAUCGUGCUCACCCGCAAGAUCUCGCGCACGCCCAGGGGAUUGAAGGAGGCGUGCCGGUUCUGCUUGUUUGAGAGCGGGUUCGCGCUCUUUUUUGCCUUCCUUAUCAACGUCUGUGUCAUCUCCGUGAGCGGCGCCAUUUGCUCCAACCCGGGCAUCUCCCAGGAGAACAAGGACAAGUGUGACAAUUUGGAUCUCAACGAGGCAUCCUUCUUGCUCCAGAAUGUGCUUGGGAGAUUCUCCAAGAUUCUUUUUGGAAUCGCUCUGCUUGCUUCCGGUCAGAGCUCCACGAUCACCGGAACCUACGCUGGACAAUACGUCAUGCAGGGUUUCUUGCACCUCCGGUUCAAGCCAUGGAUCCGCAACCUCAUGACUCGAGCAGUGGCGAUCGUCCCGAGUUUGAUUGUUGCACUGAUUGGAGGAUCAAGAGCGGCUGGAAACCUGAUCAUUGUGUGCUCGAUGAUUCUAUCGUUUGUCCUGCCGUUUGUCCUCAUCCCAAUGCUCAAGUUCACGGGAAGUAAAGUGAAAAUGGGCCCAUAUGCAAAUUCUUGGAUAAUUACUGUAAUCACGUGGGGAAUUGGUGGCGGAGUGAUGGCCAUCAACGUGUGGUACCUGAGCUCCUCGUUCACCAAGUGGCUCAUUCACGGCUCCAUGGUUAUGGGAGGAAAGGUGGUGCUCGGCAUUUGCGUUUACGCGACAAUCGUAUUGUACAUGGCCCUGGUGGCGUACCUCACGCUCCGGAUCGACAGGGAGAAUACGUACUGCGGCGAGGACGACAAGGAGCCCGUGGACACUACCACCGCGCUGGAAUUAGGGUUUAAGAGCGUCGAGCAAGCCCAGGCGGAGCAGCAACAGAACCACACUUGCCACGCGCUUCCGCGAGACGAUAUCAUGGAAUUGCAAUUGCCAAGGAAUUCCGCAAGCAGCCGAUAAGACUCUCUCGAUUUUGGUGUAGCAAACAAGUUUAUAAAGAAAGCGCGCUAAAAUUU